GCUCGUGGGAGGGAGCUAGUGCUGGGACCCUGUGUUGGGGACAGGGAGUUUAGGGGUUUUCCCCUCUGUGCCCCACACACAGCCCAGCUCCCCCUCCCUCUCUGACCCUCCUGCCGCCCAACUUCCCCUUCCUGCCCUGCCCCCGCCCCGAUCCCCCCACCCCCGGGGUGCCCGGGAGGGAGCUGCCCUCGCUGCCCGGAGCGCGUAGGGCGCACGGACCGGGCACCCCUGGGCCAGUGGCGGCAGUUCAGGCUCCCCCGCCCCCCGUCCCUCCCCCCCCCGCGCCGCAGUUCCCUGCCGGGCCGGGCUGCCGGGGGCUCAGUGCAGCGCCGCCAGCCCCUGAUGCUGCUGCCAGCGGCAGGGACCAGCCUCUCCGCAGCCGGCUCCGUGCGCCCCGGGACGGCACCAUGAACAGCCUCCCCGCCGACAAGGAGAGCAGCCCGGCCGAGCCCAGCCUGCCCGAGGAGGAGGUCCGGACUCUCUUUGUGAGCGGUCUUCCCCUUGACAUCAAGCCGCGGGAGCUCUACCUGCUCUUCAGACCCUUCAAGGGUUAUGAAGGCUCUCUUAUAAAACUCACCUCUAAACAGCCUGUAGGGUUUGUCAGCUUUGACAGUCGCUCAGAAGCAGAAGCUGCUAAGAAUGCGCUGAAUGGAAUUCGCUUUGACCCCGAAAUUCCACAAACGCUACGACUAGAAUUCGCCAAGGCAAACACCAAGAUGGCCAAGAGCAAGCUAGUGGGAACCCCGAACCCAAGCACUCCUCUCCCCAGCACUGUACCUCAGUUCAUUACCAGGGAGCAAUAUGAGCUCACAGUGCCUGCACUUUACCCCAGUAGCCCUGAAGUGUGGGCGCCGUACCCUCUGUACCCAGCGGAGUUAGCACCUGCUCUGCCUCCUCCUGCUUUCACCUAUCCCGCUUCACUGCAUGCCCAGGUAAUUUAUACCAACCAGCCACAACUUCGCUCACUCUACCACCGGUCCUUUCGAAGCUGGUCCCCCCAGCGCACCCUGUACAACUAACCCCUGUCCGGCUAACAGACACUCCUCCAGAAGAUUAAUGAUCUCACCUCAAUCAAGCUGACACAUCCUCCGGGGACGGGUGGGGACAGGCUUACCGAGAUGAUCGCGCACACUGCCUGAUGUAUCCCAGACACCUCUCUCUUCCUUAAUCCUUUCACUUUCAUUCACACAAAGGACACGGGAGGGAGUUGUAGAAGCUACCGGGUAUUGAAGAACCCCGUACAUAUGUACCUCUGGAUAUAUGUACUGUGCAGCCCAGACUGGCGCGUGCGGCUACUUAUCUGGAAGGCAAUCAGUGUGGCGUGUGUUUGUGUGGCUGGGUGUGUUUGGAGGUGGCCACCCGUAAGGUCAGGAGUUUGGUGCUGUAGCCUAGAUGUCAGGGCUCCCGAUCCCAAGGUAGGUGCUCCAGUCCUGAGCUACGAGAGCAGCCGUCGCUGCGUGUCGGUCGCACUGACGUGGACAGAUCAAUGUGCUGCAGCUGCAGUUGGUUACUGGGUUGGUGUUCGCUGGGGAUUAAUAAUGCUCCCUCCACCUCACGCACCGGUGUUUUCAGGCCAGAAGCCACCACCACUGCUGAGAGAGGCUCCUUAGCUGGUCAUCCCUGGCAGGUCUGCUAGGCUGCAGACAAAAGUGUCGGGAACGGGUCAUUCGCCCCCAGCUUAGGUCUGGGGUGCCCAGGGUCUGCUUGGGGUACAUUUUUGCAGCUGCUGCCCAGCUCUGCUCCAAGGAGCGGGGAUUAGUGUGAGCAAGGAGAUGAGGAUUUGCAACAGCCCCAGAAACCUUCUGGGUUCAGGUGAUCCCAGCCGAAUGAAAGGUGGGACUCCAGGCACGGUGCAGGCAAGGGCCUAGUCUGGCUCCCGGGCACUAUGGGUUCAAUAAGCUGGGUUCCAGCUUCUUAAAUGAUACGAUGGAAGAGAGAACAGAAGAACUCACUUUUGAUCAGGCCCUGAAAAACUAUUUCCAGAAACCUUAGAGACGGCAGUCUUAGUCCUUGAGACCUUCCAACACUGACUCCUGCAGGCAAGGGGGCAGGGGCCAGGUGAAUCCCUGCUGCGAGCUGGCCACAUAUGAUGACAGCUACAUGUAAAUGGCAACCACCACCAAGCAAAUCUCGUUUCUACCCCCCUGAGGGGCCGAGUCUGCAGCGCAAUGUUACCAAAGCUGGGGAGCUCCUUCCAUCAGAGACUCGUUUUAUCACUCCUUGAUAGCAACUGCACUUGUCUCAGUACACCUGGCUUGUCUGGAGCGGCUUUUCCUGCAUUAACAAUCCAGACACUUUGAUGCUCUUCUGAUCUGACGUACAAAUGCAUGUAGUCAUGCAUGGAGUAUCUGAGUAGCUAAGCUGGAGGAGAUGCCAGUGAUUUCCGUGACAUUACACCAGGAGCAAUCCAUAGCCCAAGCGACAGCCAAAGCAGCGUGCCUUCCAUAGAGGGACAGGCAGAAACCCUAGUCCAACAUGUUAUGGAGCAGUGUACGUUCCUAGGGCAGAAUGCACAGCAGCCCAGGAGCAUUCACACUGAGAUAAGCAGCAGGAGAGAGGCAAUUCUUACUGCUGUUUGUGAUUCCCUUCUCCUCCAUGUCCCAACACAACACAGAGAGCAGAACUCUUGAGGCAGCACCAGGCAGCCAAAGAAGAGCUGUGAUCCCAUGAGCUGUUCAUCCAUAUGAUCCCAUGAACAGCACCUCCCAAGAUGAGCGUCAGAGAUAGGUAGCAGCACCAGGAAAUGCCUACACAAACCAAAGGGCUGGGUGUUACAUGCCUGCAAGCUGUGGCCCCUGAGGUGCCCUACUACCAAGCCAACCUGCAAGUGGAUCCGCUGAGCUAGGCCAGGGUUCGCUUUGCUGCCGCUCAGUUUGGGCCCGCGGGGAGUUCAGUUUUGAGAUUUCAUCGCUAGCUCUGGUCACUGCAGAUUCUUUUCUGCAACUGAGCACAUCGUUCCUCCGUCUCCAUCGGCAGGUGACACCGGAGUUAGACAGACUCGGCCACCUUUGGAAAGUGCACAAGCAAGCACUGCCUGCCGAGAGAGGCCAUUUUAGAGCCAGCCACUCGCCUUUAGAGCUGUCACACUCCACUGUGGUAGCACAGCCCCUUCGAGCUGUUCCCUUUACACUGUCAGCCACUCGCAUGAGGGAAGAGUGGGUCUCAAACUACUUUCUGCAAUGCCUAGUAAAUCCACCCCUGGCUGUAUCUGCUCCCCAGUCUGUGGGUAAUUGUCCUCCUUCCACUAUUAAUGCUGAAUGCAUUUCCACUGGAGCUGAGCCCAAGGGUUACCGACUAGCAAGGGAGGCUGAAAAUGUAGAAAGGCUGACCUUGUUCAAGGGUAAACGUGGGAGAAUUCCCGUUCACGCUGCUGCUGCGGAUCUGUCUGCGACUGAAAGUGUUGAGUGGGGUGUACGUGUCUGUCCAGGAUGAAAAGCCACCAGACAGUGAGAACAUAACUCACCGCUAGAUUCAGAGAUUUUAGGGCCUGAAGGGACCAAUAGGAUGGUGCGUUUCUAUUCUGGGCUGUAAAAGUUCUUUUCCCACACUGUGCAUUCAAGGGCCAGACUGGCGGACAAAUAGCCAUGCCAGGCUAUCAUGUACGGCUGCAAUGCUGCAGGCUCGGUAUAAAACCCAAGGCCUUUCCUUGUUUCCUCUGCCCAGGAAGGGCUGGGGUCAGUGCUUAAAGCACGGCAGUUGGGGAGAAUGGCUCUAAAUACAUGAGUUGAUUAGUUAUGGGCCAGUUUUUCAAAAGACCCCGACGCCCAGCAGCUCCCCGUGUUUGCCAUCGUGGGUAGGGACUGCUUUUGGAAAGGCUGGCCUAAACUUAGCCCACAGAUUCUCAAGAGAGGGGCCUGGACUGGACCAACAGCCCAGGAUCCAGGGGCAUAAGCCAGGGCUGAGCAUAAGCACAAGGUGCCACGUGGGGCUGCCCAACCGCUUGCUGACUCAGUAACUUAGCAGACCCUGGCCCUGGAGGGGCAGAAACACUUGACCCUGGGUUUCCUCCCCCUUGGCAAUGUACAUCCAUGCAGCUGGCUUGCCCGCGCCAGGCCUACCCUUAGAGAGACCCGCUGGUAAUGCAGGGACGUUCCCUACAGCAAUUCAGAUAGUUCAUGGAAACGCAGGAACUCGAGUGAGCUCAUGAACUUCAGCUUGAAGCAAAGUGCCUGUGACGGGGAGGAAAAGGAAAAUGAACUCCAAAUGGAGGGCCAUGUUUUAUUCACAACCCGUGGUGGAGCAGCCUGCUGGCUAACGCAAUCCAGCCAGCCCAGCAAAGUGGAAGGCAGAAACACCAAGUAAUGUACGCUCUGUCACAAGCACUUUUCUGCUCGUUGAACCCUGAAGUUGGGACCCCUAAUGGCCCUUGAUAGCAGGAGUGCUGUAGUUAAAAAUUAACGAGCAAGAGGAAUAAUUAAAUAUGGAUGACGAGCACUCACUGUGGACUUGGCCUGCCAGCAGGCUGAGCACGCCUGGCUGCUCCCGAACGGCUCGGCGCGGCAGGCGACGCUCCAACAUCUCGGUCCGCUCGAGGGCGUUCCUGAAAGCAAUGCCCAGUUAGCGCUGGUGGGAGGGGCUCGGUCGCAGGCAGCCCCGUUGCUAAGAGAAAUGGGCCCAAGGAAGGCUGUCCAUGCCAGGGCGGGGGGCAGAGAGAAGGGCGGCAGGCCACGCCUGCUUGUCAACCUCCUCACCCAAGCAAGGACCUUCCCUGUCCGCCCUCCCAUCUUGUCCCCACUGUGCAGCAUGGUGCCAGGCUCUGGCCCAGGACAUGGCAGGUGUCACCCUGUGGCUCCCCGAGCCCCAACCCCUUCACUGUAGCGUCUACCCACAACUGCAGGCCCAGCUCCUCUCAGAUCCUAUAAAGCCCCUUGCUCAGAAUCCUGCCUUAUUUCUUCCUCAUCCCCUUCUUCUCUGCACUUGCUCCUCCUCCUGGCCUUUCUAGUCUCAGACAUUCCUUUCUUUGGGGUUUUAUACUUCCCCUCCCCAUCUUUCGUUCCAUGCUCUCCCCCUUCCUCCCAGCAGGGGCUGCUGGCUCAGGGGGGCUGAGCGGCCCAUAGCCUGGCCAUCUACGGCAUGGCAUGGGGUGAGACAAGUGAGUCUGAUUUAGUGGGGGUGAUGAGCCAAGGACUAGUGCAGGGGAAGGGCCAUGGUGGCAACAUGUGAUUUGGUUGGUGGGGAGCGUCCCUUGGAUGUAUGUGCUCAUCUGGCCGCUAGAUGGUCUAGCUGGCCAGCGGCUCCUGAGGGUGAUCAGUCUGCUGGGGUUCACCAAAACCAGAGCAAACCAGCAGGGAUGCAGACAAAGGCCUUGCAGCUGGGCCACUGGAACCCGGAUGAGAGCUUCCCUGAAACAUGGGAGCGAAAUCUCAGCUGCACAGCUCUCGUUACCCAGUUCUGCCACCCGUACUCACAUGGAGCAAUCCCGUCUCUGGGCCCAGCCCCACUGAUUUCUAUGGACAUGCUGGCAGAAUAAUGCCCUGCUCAUUGGGAGUACAUGUGGUGGAAUUGCACCCAGUGGUUAUACUGUGGGUAUAAAAGGCAUGUGGCUGGCCAGGUCUCAGACCUGGCCUCAUGCUUCCCCUCUCUGAGCACGGCUGGGGCAGGAGCCACGUGGAGACGGCAUGUCGUGUUUUCCAACCCUGGUGAGAACCCAGGCUUGUUAUGGGAGGGAGCAUUGGGUGGUUCAGGUAGAAAUGGGAAUAUACAUCCUUUGGUGAAUGUAGGAAAAUUAACCAUUGGCAUGUGGUGGAUUCUCCAUUCAUUGGAAUGAACAUUGGGUGUAUCUUAUGCUCAGAUAAAUGGGUUAGUCUCUAAGGUGCCACAAGUCCUCCUGUUCUUUUUGCUUUCUAACAGAGCCACUCUAGUUUAACCACACACUAACCGGGCUGGAUGCAGGAAUCCCUGGAUGAGGUCAUAGGGCUUGUCCUAUGCUGGGGGUCAGAUGAUCACAAUGGUCCCUGCUAGCUUUAUACUCUAGCUAUGAAUCUAUGCAAUGCAGUCUACCUCCUAUAGCCCUCCAUCCUCCUGUUCCGUUCCUGGGGCCAAACUAUUGCUUCGGGCUUCUCUCGUGUUCGGUACGUCUACUUGUCUAGGCCUAGCUGGGCUUGCCCCAAGCACCAGAUGCGAACACCCCCAAGCUAGCCAGCAUUUCCACUGUACAGCUGCUUGCAGAGGGUGAUUACUCAGCUGUGACAGUAGCAUUCAAGGGCUCAGCCCCACAGCUGGCUGCAUUUACAAAACCGUAAAUGAAACCAGGCCAUGUAAGUUAUGAGACUGAAGCAGCGCAGAGGCUGGUAGGUGCAGAGGCUUUUUUGUGCUUCUGCAGCUCGUGCUAAGCUCGCAGGCUUUGGUCCCUAUUCUGCUCUAGCAGCGUUGGGAUCUAGUGAUGGGCAAACAAGCUGAAAAUUAAAUUGUUACGGUGCCAGUUAAGUGCUCAGAGUAUUUGCUGUGAGAUAUACGUAGAGGACUAUUAGUAAUAUGUGCCAAUGACUUUUCAAGGGGAGUGGAUUAUAACUUAUUUUUAAUGCACAUAAAAGAUGAGCAUGAACUUUGUAACAAUGAAAAUGAAGGGCUAACAGCACUGGCAUUUGCCACGUGCAGGCUGGGGAUUCCCUGAGGCCAGCUAUGCUAAUGCGUCUGUGCGCUGAAACACCUUCAUGACCCCAGGGUAGGGGGCCUCUCCUAGUGGAGGCUGCCAGUCAGCCCAAGUCGGCUGGUCGUUUGGUAACAUGGGCAAAUGGCAAUCCAUGGCUCAUGUAAUCCAAUAGCUUGCCACUAGUGACCAGAUCAGGGUUUAAAGGCAGCACGCCGGAGAGGAGCUGAGAAUCCAGAGAGCUCUGCACAAAAUACUUACAUAGCCGGCCCUACUUUGGGGGGAAAGGAGUUAGCAAGAAGGUGAAAGGUUUCCAGAUUUGCCACAGAGAGGAAUUUUCCUGCAUGAAUGGCCACCUCUGACCUACUGAGAACCCAUUUGUCUCGGGCACCAGGUCACAUCUGACCCAUACUGAGAACAUAUUUGCCGGGGACACCUGGCUGCUUCUGGACCCACAUUCAGAAUGUGUUUGCCUAGAGCACCAGGCGACACCGGCGCUACACUCAGAAUGUUUGCCCACGGCCCCCAGCCACGUCUGACCCACACUGCAAACGUUGGUCCAUGGCACCCACUGGCUGGAGCUUUGGGUUAUUUUAUAACAUCAUUGUGUUUCCACAAUGAAAGUGGACUUACAGAAACCACUGGUGAGAAGUUUUCUUCUCUUUCAGCUUGGGCAACUAGAGAAGCUGGGGUUUGCUCAUCGCCUUUUGUUCAGAAGUGCACUGAAGGUGGCUGCAAAUAGACAAGGGUUUUCUAGAUAAGUUCCACAGUACCUUUAAAGACUUCUGGCCCAAUCCCAUCAGUUUCACUGAGGCAAAACCCCCCUGGAGGUCAAUGAGAGCAGGCUCCGUCCAUUUAUUUACAAGUAACAGUUCACAGUGCAAUCCGCAGCUUCUGAAUGAUCAGAAUCCGGCCCUAGCAGAGCUCGCCAGUGGAAUCUAGCCAAUGGGUAAAGCUGUCUCAGGAAUAUUCAGCCAGCUUUUAAUUACCUUAUUUAACUUUCUAAUUAAAGCUAAUUGGGAGAGCAGUUGAGAGCUUUGUAGUAUGUUACCUGGGGAUCUGAAAGCACUUUCUAAACAUUAAUUAACCCCCAUGAGGCAGAUUAGUAUUCUAUCCCUUUUGCAGACUGUGAAGACGUGUCUCAGUGAGUGAGCGGCUUGGCCAAUGACUCACAGCCCAGCAUUGGUGCGGCACACAGUAAAACCCUGGUUUGCAGUCCCCUGCUCUGUCCAGGAGACAACACAAACAGUUAAGCUCUGGAGGCCAUAUAAUAGAGAUGGAAACGAACCUUUUGUGGAGGAGAGCUGAACCCACCAAUACUUGCCAUUAGGGUUGAGCAAACUGCUUUGCUUCAAAAACCAACUUCAGAGUUGGGCGAAAGGCCAGAUUUUCAGAUACUGGUAUUUACGGGAAGAAAGCUGAUGAAUAUUACUGCAGAUAUAUACUUGUCUUAUCAAAUAGCAUUUGACAGGCAAAACCUGCAAUGUACCUGAGAUGCAGAAAGCUCACUGUGUUGGUGAAUUACAAGGAAAUGUACUUAGCAGUAUGAUCCUCCCUUCUCUAACAAGUUUGCAAACGCAAGAUACAGAAUCAUUUAAUGUGCAUCUUAGUCACGUCUAACUUGAGUAAUAAACCGUGUGUCUGACAGAUCUUUAUUUCUACUUUAUCAGCCACUCUAAAUCUGAUGAUUUUGCUCACCGCUUUUAUUAUUGCAGGGAUCUGGGAAAUGGAGCAAACAGAAGCAGGAUUAGAUCUUGCACAGAUGAAUGUACAGAAUUUAAGUCAGCAUGCUCUCCACACAACUGUUCUGGGCUGUAAUUGAGUGAGCUCUUCCCAGAUAAGCGUGGCUAGGCCAAGUCAUUGCUGGAAUAGGAGCCUGACUACGCUCACCUACGUGCUGCAGGUCAUGGCACUGGUGACUGAAUGCAGAAGCUGCCUCUGUCUGUUGUGAGCCAGCCUGGUGCUAGAGGGCAUGCUUUGGCUGGAGGCAUUGUCUUUCCAACAAGACGUGAGCCUGAGACUCUGGGGCAUUUCUUCCCAUUUGAUCUCAUGGCCCUUGUCCCACUAUCAGUUGUCUCUGGGCACAUUUUAAUUUGCGUAAUUAGGCAUUCCCCCUACUUAAAAUUCUCUGCAGAGUGUAAUUUAGGUGUGAAGUCCUUUGCCUCCAUCUAUCUUUAACUGUUGUAUAGAGUUGCCACGUGCUGUUAAAAAUCUUCCAUGUUCCAGCCCAGCUGCGGUUGCAUUUCAAUUUGUGCAAAUGCUUGGAAUUCUUAGAGAUGAAAGGCACUUACAUUAAUAUCAGCAGUCAUUAUUAUAUACCGGCCAGUGCCAGAACUUUAGCUGGUAUAUGAAAAGAUACCAGAGAUAAGUUCCUAUUCGGCAUAAUGAAAACACAACUGCAGACUUAUAGGUUUGCAGGGAUAAUGGUCAAGAGAUUUUUAAAAACACAGGUAGCCACAUAAUUUCCUAGUAGCUACCAGCUGAGGAGUUUCAAAGGUAUGGGUUAGUACCAUAAAAGCCAGCUGUGAGCCCUCCAGAGAGAGAUGCUAAUAGCAGAAGAAUGGGACCGUUUUCACUAAAUUCACACAUGUGAGGUAAAAAUGUUCCUGUUUCUGAAGAGUCACUGAGAAGGUAGCUCAGAUAAUGAGCGUGGCUUGGCCCGUGGCAAAGUUCAGGCAAACAGGAAUAGAAGCGAAGUGACAGAUUUCAGUCCCUAGUGAGGUCAGGAGAUGCGCGGUACACAUCUGAGGGCCGAACGCGGCCCAUGCUCCCAGACAGUAAUUCCCUCAUUUGUAUUGUACCAAGCAAGAGAUUGUCAUGAUACUAGAGCUGUGGAUGGGUUAUUUCCUAUACCACAGGUCCUGGCCACACUCUCAGGGUGAGUGCCUCACACUCACCCGUAUGCUGGUUGAAAGGGCCAGAGUGGCAUAAAGGGUCCCUAACAGCCCCACUUCUGGGGGCAGAGAGAAGAGGAUUCCCCCACUGCUGGGAACCCCAUACAAGCCCUGGUGUAGUGGGCAGACUGAGGGCGGAAGAGGUAUGCCAGGAGCAGGGCCCCCGGCAUGCAGCACUGUGUGGCAUCCCGGCAGUGCUGCAUCCCACAGUACAGCCUGGGGAGACUGCUACAAUUAGCCAGGCCCCCCCAGGGCUGUCUGAGUGAUGCCAGGGGCCUCUCCAGUCCCCAGAGCAACCCAUGCUCAGGACGUGCAGAGGUUGCUUAACCCCCCUCUCCGGGGGCUAGGAGUUCUGUGAUGCAUCUCUCAGAACAUCUCGCCCGCCAAGGUAAGAGAGAAACAAUGGCCUAGCCAGUGCAAUGAUGCUGCAGUGCGUUUAAAGGCAAUACAGCACCAGUAGGUACCUCUGCAAGAACAGCUGGGUUCUAGCUGUAUUUAGGAACUACAGAGCUACUCACCCAGGGCUGGCAUCAGCCUUUAACACAUGAGCUUAGGGCGAGAGACCAUUCUCUGGAGCCGCUGUACCCAGGGAUUAUUUCAGAGCCACUCUCCCAGCUAACCAAGUUCUUCUUUAGCUCAUGCACCAGAGGCCCCUGGCUUUCAGGGAUGACAGGAUGUGUUGUAGGUAGCCACAGAUGGGGAGAAUGGCAUUAUCUUCUGUUUCCAUGGUGGCUCAUCUGCCCCGCUGUGGCCAUGCGAUGUAGCUCCUGGUUGCCCAGAGCUGGGCUAGCCCAGUCUUAAGCAGAGCCGGCUGACCUGUUCUAGCUUCCUGUAUUAGUAUGAAGUGUGACAGCAGACAGGUAACAUAGUGAGUGUGGUGAGUGCAUGGAAGUGAGUGUGCAGAGGGGUAGCCGGGAACCAUGCUACAGCACCGUUCCAGGAGCAGGGCGAGCUGCCAGUCCUGGGCACAGCCGUGGAAAUCAGACUGUCUUCUGCCUCCCUUCUUCCCCUCUUCGUUCUUUCCUUUCUUCCUCUCUGGAAAACACCAGCUCUCAAUCAUUUUGGAUCCCCCUGGGCACCUUUAUCCAACCCACAGGAUGCACCAAUCUCCACCUGCUGCACCCUGACACUGACAGUAGUUACACACAUUUACCCGCCCUCCCCCCAUUCUAUCAUAUGCUGUCCUAAGCUCUGCCCCAACCCACUGUGGUAACAAUGCGCCCCCCCCGGCCCUUACCACCUAUCCCAGGAAGGCAACGCCAACGCUGCUAUUUGACUAGUGAAUUCAUGGACUCAGAGGCAGCCAACCAUAAGUAAGGGAUGCGCUGGCUCCCUCCCUCAGAGGCUGCUUCUCAGGGCUGGAAGUCCCGUCAGUUCUGCUGAAUACUGUGUA